GUUUCUGGAACACAUGAGAAAAAAAAAUCGUAAAAACAAAUUCGUAAUUUGUGAAAUUACCAGGAAUAUACGAAAACAAAUUUCUUUACACAUUACAUAAAAUGGCAAGCUCGAUAAUAGUUGCUGGCAUAGGUCUAGCUGCAGUUGGUUUUGCGGGGAAGCAUCUCAUGCGCCGCAUGCCUGCUAUGGCCACAAAAUUAAGCGAAACUAUGAAAAAUCUACCCAAAUUUGACGCAGAAACCUUGGCGAACUCGAAAUACUGCAAAGGAGGCUUCGAUCCAAAAAUGAAUAAGCGUGAGGCUUCUCUGAUUUUGGGCGUAAGUCCUAGUGCGUCCAAAUUGAAGAUAAAAGAUGCACACAAGAAGAUCAUGUUGCUCAAUCAUCCCGAUCGUGGUGGUUCUCCUUACUUGGCUGCCAAGAUAAACGAAGCAAAAGAUUUCAUGGACAAUACGAAAUAAGCGAAUCCAUCAAAACGCCUUAUUGAAGCUUUGGGUUGCCCUUGUAGCAGCAUACGUUUUGCGUUCAGUUUCUUCGAUGAAAAUGUUUAAUAAUAAUAAAAAAAAAUGUUA